AGGUCUGUCCUGGAUGCUUGUUUCAGCAUCUGUUUUCACACAUCCUCCCUCUGUGGACGCUCCACUCACUCACAGAAAACCAACAUUUCACAGUUUCUGCUGACCGUUCAGACUCAAAAACUGCCGACGCCGCGCUAAUUUCACGUCUGCGUUUGCAACUCAUCAGUGAGAAGUGACACCUUUACUGAUGCUGUCAAACUGAAGCCCGUAGUUUCCUCUUUGUUUCUACUUCUCUGAGUCUGAUGAGUAUAAAGAGUGAGAACGAGAGAGCGGUCGCUUUUUCUCAUCGUCAUGCUGAUAUGAAGAGGUAAGAGCUGCUUUCUAAAAACACAAUCGUAAAGUUCCUGUAUCUAAAGGCCUUUCUAAUAACAUUGAACAUGAUCUUCAGUGUUUCACCACUUAACUUACAAUUGUUUCGUCUUUCAGCUCUGGCGCUGCUUCAGACCUUUGACCUUUUUACCCAUGUCUUUGUUGGAGCGGCUGCCUGUUAAAUAAGUUAAGGUAGGUUCAUAUUCACUUCACUUUUUUGAUAUCACUGAUACUGCUGCUUGAAUUAACCUCCUACAGCAGAAUAAAUAUAUUUAAAAUGUAAGAUUUUCACAAUUAAGUAUUCAGAAUUAAUAAUCUUUUUGAUUAUGUUGCUCUACCCAAACAUGAAAUAUUAUUUAAAUUGGACUGUCAGGAAAUAAUGAGGAGGGUUCAAUUAAGGGAUGAAAAUUUACACAAAACACUGGAGAAAGUUCAGAUAAACAAACUCAACUUUCCUCGAUGUUGACAACAAAAGCAGCAUUUUUAAAGGUAUAUAUCUAAUCCAACCCAAUCCGCUUUAUUUAUAUCGCACAUUUUAAAAAACAUUUAAGUUUACCUAAGUGCUGCACAAUAAAAUUAAACGAACUACACUGCAGAAAAAACAUUAAGAUUAAAUAAAUAAAAGCAGGUAUAUAACACGAACAUGAUUUUAAAUGUUUCUAGGUUGCACCUGGUUUUCAUUAACUUUCAUUAUCAUUGAUUAAUCCAUUUCUAAUACCAUACCUUUCAAAAAAUCAAUCAGUAUUAGUUAAGUAGCGUGAUUGAAUAGAGUUGUCUUGUUUAUCAUGAUGCGGUUAAGACAAAGAUAAUAAUAGAAAUGUUUUGCACAAGUUGCUGUUUUAUCCUUUUUGGCUCGCUGUAGUUCAGCCCUAUUGUAUCUUCCUGCUGUUUUAUAUUUCAUUACACAUUUUCAAAAUGAAGACUUUCAAAUUAAAACCUGUUUUAAGGAGCAAAAUAAUGGAAUUUUACAAAUGAGUUUAAAAAUUGAAGUUAAUCAUGAUUUUCUUCUCAAAUUCACAAGCUAAUUGGAAUGUAAAAAAAAAAAAGGUAAUUGUCUAAUGGCUUUAAUUUUGAGAUUUUUAGCUGGACGCCAUGAUGAUGAUAAUUAUAAAAAUAAAAAAAUGAUAAUAAUACCCUGUAUCAUAAAGUACUUUCCCAUCAGAGUAAAAGGGUUUUACAGCUUGAAAAUAAAAUAAAAACAACUCGAAGACAACAAAAUAAAUAAAACAGUCAACAGAACCGACAACAUCAGGACAUUAAUACAUCUGCUAAAACAAUCAUUCAACAGAAAUAAGUUAAAAUUCAAUAACAGAUGAAACUCAGACCCAUUUAAAGUUCACAAAGUAGAUUUAAACUCAUUUAAAACCAGUUAUAACUAAAACUAAGUUAAAAUCCAGGCCCAGAAACUAAAUUAGUGGUUAAGUUGGUCUUAAAAUAAUGAUCAGAAUGAAAACAGAAAAAUACUCUGACGCUUGGGCUGGCAUAUUGUUAGUCUUGGAUAUAAUUAUAAGAUCGUCACUGACAAUAUUGAUUAUUUCCAUUCAGUUAUUUGUAAUAUCAAAAGCUAUAUUCGGGGGGUAGGAGUCACAGUAGUUUUAAACCUGAAGCAGGAUGUGAUAUUUGUCCUGAUUUGUCCACAGACGAAAAAAUCCAACUUCAAGCAAAAGUUUCUAACAGGAGCUUUAAAGUGACUCUGUUUUAUAUGACAUUUUAAAUCAUGAAAUAAACCCUUGAUUUUCACAGCAGUGGAAUAUCUUAACCCUACUCUCACGCUCAGUAAAUGUUUUUGACAUUUUGCAAAUGAACUGUCAGAUAAUUACGUCAUUAUCAUUCAUUAAGCGAGUGAAAAAUCCUCUUUUACAUAACCGCUGUGUCACUGUGGUGCUCUGCAGAUGGUCGUCUUCGCUCUGGCCGUGUUUGUAACCUUGUCAUCCUGCUCGCUCGGCUGCUCGGGGAACAAAACCUCGGUGAGUCUGAGCGGCGUUCGCUGAUGCUUCUGAGCCGGCGGGCAGAUGGAACUAAAAAUUCAUUCAUUCAUUCAUUAUGCAGCUGGAGUUUCAGUUUUCCCAGAUGUUGUUUGGCACGGACAGAAGUGUGCGGAGCUUCUGUCGCAGUGAACGCAUAAAGAGAAUAGAACAUUUCCAAACUCUGAUACUGAUUAUUCACUCAGACGUGCUGAAAAACUCGAACAGGGGGUUGAUGUGAGGUUUGUUUGUGCAGGCCGAGCUGAAAAUGUGGAGCGUGGAGAAUCAAUCUGUGGCUGUGCAACUGGCUGCUGUGUUUAAGGUGAGAUCAUCAACUUUAAAUGAGCUCUGAUGAGACAAAUAAGUCAUAAAAAUCAUUCUUAGGGAGUUUUAAAAUACUUUUGUUCAUCUUUUCUGUCUAAAAAUAUGAUUUUUUAAAAUUAAAACUAAUUUAUCAGGCAGAGGAAAAGGAGUUUGGGGACAUCACAAGUGUAUUUUUCUCAUUUUUUCUGUAUUUUUGAAUAUUUUAUGCAGCAAACGCACAUUAGAUGACUAACUGUGACAGAUGAUAUGAACUGCAGCCGCCAUGUAACACGAACAGGCAAUCUUGAGUCAUGAACGAUGUGAAAAAUCCUCUGCACAAGCUCGUUCACACUCACAACACCUCCAUCCAGGGAUGCAGCCAGAAAUUUUGGAAAUAUUGCAGCAAAAAAGUGGUGCAAACAACACCAUUUCCAUGUUUUUCUUGAUUCCUCUUCCUCGUUUUUGGUUGUUUGCUGAAAUCUUUCUUUAUUUUUGGUCAAAACACCAGAGAAAAGGUCAGAUAUUCAGUUGUCUUUUUCCCAAACUUUCCACUCGAACCUCACCUCCGUCUGCUCCGUCUUUGACACGAGCUGCAGCGCCUGAAUCUGAAUCGGUCAUUUGUAUGUAAAUCCUGAGGUGUGAUGAAUCUGCAGAUUUUUGCUGAUCUGAAAUGAGUUUCCAACACUUGAGUCUCUCCGUGACAGGAGAUGGAGAGUCUGAGGUGUGAACAAACAACACUUCAGCAGCAGCAGCAGCAGCAGAGCGCUCUGACUCAGGUAACCUCCACCUCGUCUCACCGUCGUCUGUCUGCACGCCGUAUGUCGCCAGCUGAACAUGUCCUUUCAUUCAUUUACAGAUGCACAUGAGGAAGGGGCAGAGCGGAGGGCAGCAGGAAGUGGGUCAGUAUAUAAAUUUAUAUAAACAUUACACACAUUUGUAAAACAGAGCAGUUUACAACCACAAAAUAAGGAGAGAGGUGAUCCAGAGUGAGCGAAGACCCCAACAUAGUAACUCGCCAGUUUCUGCACUCGUUUCAAAACCCUCAAAUUCAUGAAAAGUGUUUCUUUUUCAUAUUUUACAAACAAAUAUUCAGUAAAAAUGUUGGAUUUCAAUUAUGAACACAGCCAGAGUUUCACACUGUGAGGUAAACAGGUUUUGGAUGAGACUGCUCUGAAAGCUCGUUUCAAAAAUGACAGGAAAAUUAGGAGGUGAGAUUAAGUCUAAUUAUGACUUGACUGUUCGGUGAAUCUCCUCCAAAGAGCAAAAUAAAUUGAACACAUUUAACAGAAACGUCUCGCUCUGUGUUUUAUCGCUGGGAGUAGUUUUGUCGUUCAAUUUCCAAACCUCUCAGGUCAGAUUUAUUUCAUACUUUGUCUUUUUAAAAAGAAAAACUCUGUUGCACUUAUAAUGACUUUGUAGCGUGGCAACAGCGGAUGAGGCUUCUGGAAAGCUGGAAAGCCUCUUAUAGACAUGUUUUAUGGCAUUGAAAUGAACAGAUCACCUCCUCUCUAAAGGAAAUACCAAAAAUACAGACCCUUUUUUCAGCUUUCUGAUAAAAAAUACGAACCAAAGAAAAAUCCACAGUAUUUAUAUUUACUUAAAUUAUUCAAGGAAAUAGUUUUUGUGUCAACAGGCAGUAAUUGAUUUUGUGUGACACACAUGUGAUCUUGGCGGCCCUGGUGUUGCUCUUUCUUAUUAGAGGUAGUGACUGUUGCUAUGGGGCUUCGACCAAUCAGAGUCAAGUAUUUAACACAGCCAGGUGAUCAGUAAGAAUCCAGAUUAAUAACCUCAAUUACCUUCAGGUUCCCCUUGGAUUUUUGACCUUCAGGUUGUCCUUUUGUCGUUCGUUCAUGUUAGAAAUAAAUCUCCUCAUAUCAGUAAAUAUUGAGUUCAGAAAUAACACACUUUAGAUUCACAACAUGAUUUAAAAAUGUGAUUUUUACUGUUUUUUAGAGAUAUUUCUAUUUGGAUUAAUUCUAUUUGAGGAUUAUUUUUGACCUUUUUGUGUUAUUUUCUUUUUAAUUUAUCAGUGAAUUAAACUUAUGUCUAUAUAAUUUUCACCAAACAGUGAUAUAAGGUCAUCAUCUGACCUUAAAUCAGAAGUGUUUGAGAUUGAGAUUGUUUUAUGGGUUAAUCAUUCAUUUUUUCAUUUUAAUUUUGCCUCUAUACUGUUUACAGCACAUUAGGAUUUUCAUUAUUAUUAUUAUUAUUAUUAUUGUUCUUGUUUAUCAAAGAGUCUGAUUUUAAUUUUCAUAUUAGACUUGUAGAUAUUAAACAUCUGUCCGUGCUGCAGCUGUAGACCUAAAUCUGGUUAAUUUUCAGUCUGUCGGAUCUGAACUUCUGGUGGGUUUUCUCUCCUCAUGCAGGAACCCACGUCUUGACUUAUGGUCCACCUGAUAAUGAGGGGGAGGAUGAUGAUGAUCUGUAUUUCUCCGAGGAAGACUCCAGGAGACGAGGCGACCCUUGCUUCCACUACACAGUCCUGGAUCAGGCCUGGAGGGCCACCAACACCACCACCAAGAGCAAGAUGUGUGACCGCAACGUCCGGUGGAAAGGUAGAAAGAUUCCUGAGUGUUCACGUUCAUGAUGGUUAAAUCUGAUUAUUUAUUCCUGUUGUCGUUUCGAAGGCUGGUACCGCCUCUUCUACAGGGGGAGGAGCAUUCAGAUGCCCGAGAGGUGCGUCCCUGUGGACAAAUGUGGCACCCACUCCCCCCUGUGGCUGGCGGGGCCUCACCCCAAGUUGAGGGACGGCAUCGUCACCCGCAGAGUGUGCGGACACUGGAAGAAGAAGUGCUGCGCCUUUCAGUCCACGCCCAUCAAGGUGAAGAAGUGUCGAGGAAACUACUUCGUCUACAAGUUCACCCAGCCGUCCACCUGCUACCUGGCCUACUGCGCAGGUACUGAACCAGGAGGAUCGCAGUCAGGCAUAUUCUGGUCGAGCUUUUAACCCAGUGGUUCUCAACUGGUCUCACUCUGGGACCCACAUUUUCCCAUGAUCCUUAAGUCGUGACCCACUUUUAUAAAAUUAAAACCAAGCAAAUUUAUUUCUUAUAAAAAACCUUUAAAGACUCAAAUCUUUGACAUAAAUGCACCUAUUAAACUCCUAAAGUUGCAUAUACAAAAAUAUCAAAUUGCACAAAAGGGAGACCAGGAAAAUGAAAAAUUUUGCAUCUCAAAUUCAGAGCAUAUUCAGAAAAACCUGAGAAGGACAAAAGUGAAUAAAUAUCAAAUUGCACAAGAUAAAGACCAUAAAAAAACAUGUAAUUUUACUGCAUUCAGGACUCAUUAAUAAGAAACCAAGGAGGACCACGACAUGAUGCGUGCCUUUCAAAAUAAAAGACAUGUCAAACAUCAAAUGUGCAUUAAAUCGUAAUGUUUUUGACCAGCUGUUUGUGGCCCAUCCAGAACGUGUCUGCGACCCACUUUUGGGUCAGGACCCACCAGUUGAGAACCACUGCUUUAACCAACACACUGUGGUUUUUAAGAGCUUCUUUUUAACUGGUUGAGAUUAGAUAAUUUAACGACAGAUAAAGGAAAGGGUCUGUGAAUCAUAAAGAUUACUCUUGUAACAGAAUUGACGUGUAAUUUUUCUGACGUUAAAGUCGAGACAGAUUCAGACACAUGGAAGUUGUUUUGUACUCAUAAACAAACUUUAUUACUCUUCAAGGUCAUGUUUACAAUUUUUAUCAUCUAAAAUUCAACAAGAAUGAAAACAACUUGAGAAUUUUUUGUCAAGAAUCAAACAUCCAGAUUCGUGACAGAGUGUAAGGUCUCACUGUGUCUGCAUUUAUGAUAAUUUUAACAACACUUCUAAAUUAAUAUUUAAUAUAGUUAUUUCUGGGCUUGAAAUAAACAUCCUUUAAAAAAAUAAAAAUCUAAAUAUCUAUGAGGUUAUGAUGAAUUUACGAUGCUUUUUUUUGGUCUAUUUUCAGAUAUCAACACUCUUGUUUGUGGACGCUGCAGGAGGAACCAGUCCUGUGAGAGCCGAGACAAGAUCAACUGGAGGUGUAAGACCAAGAGAAGUAAGUUAUCGUUUUCCUCUUUUCUUAACUCUGUUUUCAAAAAUUACAGGUAAGAGAGGGUGUUAGUUUUCUUUUCUUUUCUGCUCAUGAGAGGUAAAGCCUUUGUCUUGUGGGUUUAAUCAGCUUCUUUAAACCUUCAGAGUCUUCCUAAUCAAAGUCUGACUGAGUUCAAUAAGACAUAACAUGUUUAAAAUGUUGUUGUCAUGUAUAAAUUUGAAAAGCUCCUCCAAAAUUAAAAUAUUUGCUUUCACAAACACUCAUAAUAAAUAACCUGUCCUUUUUUCUAGCUCGUUCCAGAAAGGUCAUCUUCUUCGCCUCUUUCCCCGGUCAGAUCAAAGGAAAGGUGAACCAGAUCAAGUACAGUAAGGUUCUGGUGAACGUGGGUCGAGGUUUCAGCAGGAGGUCCGGGAAGUUCAGAGCUCCGGUUAAAGGGAUCUAUCAGUUCUUCUUCUCCACCCAGACGGCCAACACGGGGCAGAAGACUGACCUGUGGUUGGUCAUCAACAACUACUGGGUGGCCGUCUCUCACACUCACGUCUCCCGUCCUUCGUCUGUCGGCAGCCUGUCCACGUACAUGACCUUCCUCCGCAAGGGGGCUCUGGUCUACGUCACCCAUAACUGCGGGCGGUCCUGGGCGAAUUCGGCCUCCACGACCAUCACGUUUGGAGGCUCGCUGCUCGCACAAUAUAAAUGAUGUCUGCCAUAACAUUUGACAAAGUUUUUAAUUGUGUAAAUUUGAAGUGUUGAGAGAAACAUUUGGAGUUUGUAUCAGGACAGAGUUAAACUCUCUUUAUGGUAAUUUUUUAUUUCGCUGACAUUUUUUUAUCCUGUUUCUACAGCAAAGAGUCUCCAUGAGUGAAAGUUAUCUGCAAAAUCAGCAAAGACUGGACUUUUUUUUUUUUUUACACAUCUAUAUUCAAUAAACAACUUUACAUUUA